AUGGCGGAUGCAGCUACACAAGUGGCUGGGAACGCGGCAACACAGACAAUACAAUAUGUGCUAGGAUAUUUGUGGCGCAAAUAUGGUUAUGUGAGCAAUCUCAAGGAAAAUUUGGUCAAGCUUGAAAAGGAAGAAAGAAAUCUUUGUGAUAAAGAGGCAGAUGUGAGAAGAAGUCUGGAAAGGGAUGAGGAGAAAAUGGAGAAGACAGUUCAAUGCACGACUUGGCUUAAAGAUGUGCAAGAAAUGAAAGUUAAACUUGCUAAACUUGAAGAACUGAAGAAUAGAAAUCAGAAUACCUGCAGAUGCUUUUGUGGACUUUGUCCAUUUCAUUCUUUGCUAAAGCUUGGCAAAACUGUAGUGAAGUACACUAAGGAGGUAAUUGCUCUACAGAAUCAACUACCAAUAAAUAUAUUGGUUAAAAGAGAAGAAGCACCACCAAUCCGAGUGAUAAUGAAGCAUCCCGAGAAGAUAGAUGAUGUGCCAUCACUUAAUGAUCAUGUAGAAAAGUUAUUGAAGUGGCUCAAAGGUGACAAUUUCAAGAGAAUUCGCAUAUGGGGACUGCCAGGAGUGGGAAAAACAACAAUAAUGAAAAACCUAAAUAACAGAGUUGGUGAAACCCAGCAAUUUGAUAUUGUUCUUUUUGUAGAUGUUUCAGAAGCGAAGAGCACGAGAGAGGAGAUGAGAGGGGAGAUACAAGAACAACUUGUGGAGCGGUUACAACUAGAAGCACAAGGGAUCCGCCAAAGUGAUCAAAUAGCAGACAUGAUAUCCAAAAAACUAGUUAACAAGAGAUAUCUGUUGCUUCUUGAUGGGGUUUUCUCAGAGAUUAAUUUGAAUGACAUUGGCAUUCAUGAUAACCAUGAACAUGGAAAGGUGGUAUUUGCAACUAGAUAUAGAGAUGUUUACCUUUCAACAGAUGAGGAGAUCAAAAUAACAGGACUAUCCGACAAUGAUGGCCUGAAUUUGUUCAAGAAAAUAGCUGGGGAUAUCGUAGAUCAACCAGAUAUCAAGCCGAUUGUGAAAAGUAUACUCGGGGUGUGUGGUAGGAUGCCACAAGUGAUCAUGAUAACAGCAAAAAUGUUGAAAGUUGAGGAAAAUCCAGCUUUGUGGCGAAGAGUAUUCCUCCAGUUGCGGGUUCCAAGCAUGGAACCCAUGAGAGAAAUGGAAGAAGUUUACAAAGCAUUUAAAAUUGUUUAUGACCGGUUAACUAUGGCUUGCCAACCUUGUCUACGGUAUUGGACAGUUUUCCCACCAGACUAUGAAGUUCACGAAGAUUAUAUGACUGAGUGCUGGAAGGCUGAACAAUUUCUUGCUCAUGCUGAGACGCUUGGGGAUGCUCGUGAUCUAGGCCAAGGCAUAUUGAAAGAAUUGGAAGAUAAAUCUCUAUUGGAAAAGGGCAGAAAAGCAAGGCACUUUAAGAUGCCCCUCUUUCUCCGACACGUGGCUGUUAGGAUCAGGGACCAGGAAGAGAGGGAUUCAAAGUUUUUGGUAGGCGAAGGUGGAGAGAUACUUGAAGGUGAAAAACUGUUGGAGAAAUGGCAAAGUGCACAAAGGGUUUCAUUGAUCCGUAAAAAAUUUACUCUACCUCCGAGACCUGAAUGUAGUAAAACCUUAACAUUGCUACUCCAGAAAAACCCAAACUUGACAGAAAUUCCAGAAUCGUUCUUUGAAUCCAUGUGUAACCUUCGAAUUUUGGAUUUGUGUAAUACAGGAAUCAUGUCAAUGCCACCGUCUAUUUCUAACUUGAUAAACCUAAGGCUGUUAUAUCUAAACAAUUGUGAUCACAUGGUGAAGCUGCCUCCCGAUCUAAAACAACUGAAGAGUCUUGAAAUUCUUGAUCUUCGCAACACUGGAAUUCUCUCCUUGCCUAAAGAGAUUGGGCAAUUGACUGGUUUGAAGUGUCUUAGAGUUUCUUUUAAGAAAAAUUGCAGUUGUUCCAAUGGCAUCAACGGCCAGCCACUAAUUAUGAUUCCUUCUAAUGUAAUUGCAAGUCUUUCUUCAUUAGAAGAGCUGAGCAUUGAUGUGGACUUCAAAAACAAAAUUUGGAACCAGAUUGUAGGUACAGUUGCUGGGGAAGUUGCUAAGUUGAAGAAAUUGGCAAGUCUUUGUUUCUACUUUCCAGAACUAAGGUGCUUUGAAACUUUCAUUGAAGCUAGGAACAGAAAUUACAUGGAGCAGGAAGAUCAUGGGCUUAGAUCAUUCAGAAUUGUAGUUGGCAAUCACAAUAUGGAUAAUUUUCAUGGAUUUGAUUUUUUUGGAUACACAACUGAACGACAUUUGAGAUUUGCUACUGGAGGAGUCAUUCCUAAUGCAUUCUCAAAUGUACUCAAUCAAGGUUAUUCUUUGGAGCUAAUAGGUCACCAUAGCGCUAAAAACUUAUCAGUAAUAGGCGCAGCUAAUUUGGAAGGGCUGAAAGCUUGUACAAUUGAAGAUUGCAAUGAAAUGGGAAGCAUUAUUGGUGGUGAGUCUGGUGACAUAAUAACUGGUGCCUUGCAAAAGCUACACCUCAUCAACCUCCGAAAGCUCGUUUCCAUCUGUGAGGGCUCAAACAAUUCAAGAAGCCUCAAUAAAAUCACGACCCUGAUACUGCAAGGUUGUCCAAGGCUAAAAAGACUUUUCCCACAAGCAUUGGUCCAGAUGCUUUGUAACUUGAAAGAUUUGCAAGUCGAGGAUUGUUCUGAUAUAGAAGAGAUAAUUGAAGGCGGAAGCAUCGUUGAAAUCAGAGCCCUUCCCAAAUUGAAGAACGUUGUACUCUGCAAACUACCAGGAUUGCUUCGUAUAUGUGAGGGUGCCUCACUUGAAUGGCGCUCUUUGGAGACUAUGAAGAUCCAGACUUGUCCUGUUCUAACGCAUUUGCCAUUCAGUGUGGAAAAUGCAAUCCACUUGAGAGUGAUUGAAUGCACGGAAAACUUGUGGAACCAACUGCUUUGGCCAACUGAUUCUGUUCAGGAUCGUCUCAGAGGUCUACACGUGGUAGUCUCUUCUCCAACCUCUGGGCGUGUGCGGCGUGUGUAA